AUGAAUAAAGAUGCGAUAUUCAAAGUCAUUCUAAGUAAAUAUCCAGAAGUGGUCCAACAGCAUACAGGCCACUGCACCAAAUUUAAAGUCAACUUAGAAAUAAAACAAAAUUGUAAACCCGUGUUCAAAACGAAAAGACCCGUACCAUAUGCAUCAUUAGCAGCGGUAGAGCAAGAGCUAAACAGACUACAAGAUGAAAAUAUCAUCACACCUAUUACACAGUCAGAUUGGGCAGCACCCAUAGUAGUUGUACGUAAGCCAAAUAAUCGCAUUCGAAUUUGUGCUGAUUAUUCGACAGGUUUAAACGAUUGCAUGGUACCUAAUCUGUAUCCAAUUCCGCAUGCAGAUGAUAUAUUCGCACAAAUGUCGCUUUGCAAAUAUUUUAGCAAAAUAGAUUUAUCCGACGCUUACCUUCAAUUGGAAGUCGAUGACGAAUCCAAGAAAAUUCUCACGAUAAACACGCACAGAGGUAUUUUUACAUUUAAUCGGUUACCACCAGGACUAACCUCUGCACCAGGUGCUUUUCAAAAAGCUAUGGAAACUAUCCUCAGCAAUUUAGAGGGAGUUAUAACAUAUCUGGAUGACGUGAUCAUAGCUACACCUUCAAUACAAGAAAAUUACAAAAUGGUUAUGAACGUAAUGGAAAGGUUCAAAGAGCACAGUCUCACGAUAAACUGGUCAAAAUGUGAAAUUUUCAAAACGUCAAUAAAAUACCUGGGACACGUCAUUGAUGAAAAAGGUAUACAUCCAGAUGCAUCCAAAGUGGAAGCAAUCAACCACAUGCCGAGACCUACAAAUCAGCAGAUGCAUGCAUUGUUGGUAUAG